UCACCGCUCUAGAAACCUGCAAUCAAACUCAACAACAAACGAAGGUUAGAUUUCCUCACCGCUGUAGCAACUGCAAUCAAAUCCAACCAAGGCCACCUUGCAGCGUGAAGCUGUUCAUUCCCAACUCCAUCACAUUGAACGGUAGCUUUGGCGAUGGCCCGUGGCGGCAGCGGCGGUAGCGGCCACAAAGGAGAUGAAAGAACGAAAAAUGAAGAGGAGGAUGACGAGGAAGAUGAGGAGAACGGAGGGAGAGACCUCGAGGCUUGGGAGAGGGCAUACGCUGACGAGAGGUCCUGGGAGGAUCUACAGGAGGACGAAUCAGGGCUCCUCCGUCCCAUCGAUACCAAGACCAUUGCCCACGCCCAAUACCGCCGCAGGCUUCUCCAGAGAUCAGUCCACGGGACCUCCAGAAUCCAGAAGGGUCUCAUCCGAUAUCUUUACGUCGUCAUCGAUCUCUCCCGGGCAGCUUCGGAAACAGAUUAUCACCCCAGUCGGAUGUCUGUGGUUGCAAAAUGUGCUGGGACAUUCAUCAGGGAGUUUUUUGAUCAAAACCCUCUAAGUCAUGUUGGGCUUGUAACCAUAAAAGAUGGUGUUUCUCAGUGCUUAACAGAGCUUGGAGGCUGUCCAGAUUCACAGAUCAAGGCUCUUAUGGGAAAGCUUGAAUGCUCAGGAGAUGCUUCCCUACAGAAUGCUCUUGACCUUGUCCAUGGAUAUCUUUCACAAGUUCCUUCAUAUGGCCACCGAGAAGUCUUGAUCCUCUAUUCAGCUCUCAACACCUGUGAUCCGGGUGAUAUAAUGGAAACAAUUAAACAUUGUAAGAAAGCCAAAAUAAGGUGCUCUAUUGUUGGUCUUUCAGCUGAGAUUUACAUAUGCAAGCAUCUGUGUGAGGAGACAGGAGGCUUGUAUUCUGUUGCUCUUGAUGAGCCACACUUCAAGGAAUUGCUACUGGAGUAUGCACCGCCUCCUCCAGCCAUAGCAGAGUAUGCUAUAGCCAACCUGAUUAAAAUGGGUUUUCCACAAAGAGGAGCGGAAGGUGCCCUCUCUAUAUGCUCCUGUCACAGGGAAGCAAAAAUAGGUGGUGGCUACACAUGUCCUAGAUGUAAAGCACGAGUUUGUGAACUCCCAUUGGAAUGUCGGAUAUGUGGGCUUACACUUGUUUCUUCUCCACAUUUAGCAAGAUCUUAUCAUCACCUAUUUCCAGUUACACCAUUUAAUGAUGUGUCACAUACCCUUCCUAUUAGAUUACAGCAGAAGUUUCCACAGAAUUGUUUUGGAUGCCAGCAAAGUCUUAUAAGCCAUGGAAGCAAAUCCAAUCCCCAUGUUUCAUGCCCAAAGUGCAGCCAGCAUUUCUGCCUCGACUGUGAUAUAUAUAUCCAUGAGAGCUUGCAUAAUUGCCCGGGCUGUGAGAGCCAACGUCAACAAGGAACAUGACAGUUUGAGCUUAUUGUGCACGUAAGCAUGCCUGUUAAACAAUAAAAGCUCGAUGGCACAUGUCCUCUAGGUCAUAUGGGAGGAACUCCCGUUGCAUUUUUCUCCUCCCGUGUGUAUCAUUCAUUAAUGAAUCUGCUUCUGUUGUCUGAAUCUUUUAUGUCAUCAGCUAAAUUUUUUGUGUUUCUUUUGAUAAGCUUCAACCUCUGUUCAAUUUGUUGUUAAACACGGGCAUACACAUAAUUACCUGCUCACAACAUAUGCUAAUUUUAGUUUUUUACUUAUGUUGAGCUUGAAAUUUUGCUGGUGUAGCA